UCUCUCUCUCUCUCUCUCUCUCUCUCUCUCUCUCUCUCUCUCUCUCUCUCUCUCUCUCUCUCUCUCUCUCUAACUUGUUUGUUAUUCGUACCUCGUGUACUCCGCCGCCGGCCGACACGGUGGUUGUGCUUUUUCUUCCACGAUGGCGCUUAUAUCAUACACCAACAGCUACAUUGGCAAAAUUUGCUUUGCUAUGAUAUGGUGGUUUGCGGCUGUGGUGUUUCAGAGUUUGGAGAUCUCCGGUGGGCCGAUUAUGAACUCCGUCAACUCACAUUGGCGUCCGGCCACCGCGACGUGGUACGGCAGUCCAGAAGGCGACGGAAGCGAUGGUGGCGCGUGUGGAUACGGAUCUCUGGUUGAUGUGAAGCCAUUUAGAGCGCGUGUAGGAGCAGUGAGUCCAAUUCUGUUUAAGGCGGGUGAAGGAUGUGGGGCAUGUUAUAAAGUCAAGUGUUUGGAUAAAUCAAUCUGUUCUCGCCGGGCGGUGACCGUUAUUAUCACCGACGAAUGUCCCGGCGGUUACUGCUCCGGUGGAAACACCCAUUUUGACCUCAGCGGCGCCGCCUUCGGUCGCAUGGCGGUUGCCGGCGAUCACAACCAGCUCCGUAACCGCGGCGUACUGAACAUCGUUUAUCGCCGGACACCAUGCAAAUAUCCAGGAAGAAACAUCGCAUUUCACGUAAACGAAGGAUCUACAAAUUACUGGCUUUCACUUCUGGUCGAAUUCGAGGGUGGAGAUGGAGAUGUUGGAUCGAUGCAUAUCAGAGAGGCAAGGUCAACAGAGUGGCUAGAAAUGAGCCAUGUUUGGGGAGCGAACUGGGUGAUAGUUCGAGGACCUCUCAGAGGACCAUUUUCCGUCAAACUCACCACCCUGUCCACCAAAAGGACUCUGUCAGCAAGGGAUGUGAUUCCCGGAAAUUGGGCAGUCAAAGCCACUUAUACGUCCCGUCUUAACUUUUCCCCUUAACCGUUAACAGUAUUAACACUCGUCGAAAGGUUCAAAAGUUUGGUUCCGAAAAAAAUAUAUAUGUUUUUACUUUUUACCCCUUUUAAUUUUGACAUUCCUAAAUAAGAAGAAAGCAAAAAUACCCAAAUCACCUAUUCCAUCGCAAGGUCAAAAGGGUAAUUUUAAGCUAAGACCUAUCACAUCAAAUGUAGCCGUUAUAUCAGUUGGUGUUUUUUUUUUGGUGAUGGAGAAGGGAAAGAAGUAACCGUUGGGAGUGGGUAUCCGUUUGGCUUUCUGUGGUUUUUAAUAUUUAAUAUUUAAUAUAUAAUAUAUAAUAUAUAAUAUAUUUAGUGUUGUGUUUGAGGGUAUU